UUUCCCCGUGGGCAGCAGCAGGCACAGCCCGGGCACGGGCCGGCGGCGAGGGCAGGGGAGUCGUGGAGCCCACCCCAGGGAGCCCGGGUGAUGGUGUCGCCGGGCUGAGUGCAGGGACACAGCGAGGCCAGGGCCAUGGAGGGGCACGGCCAGGAGGCUUACGAGGAGGGGAUGCGGAGGAGCCUCGACCCUGAGGGAUACGAAGACCACGGCGUAAGAGGCUCCCACCUGUCGCUGGGCGAGAUGAGCAGGGCUGGCGCUGGCACCGGGUCCCCCUUGCACGCAUGGAGGGCCAGAGCCGAGGAGCUGACGCCCCUGCGGCAGUAUCUGCCCAGCCGCCGGGGAUGCUAUGACCUGGAUGGGAGGAGGCGUGCAGCAGGGGCCCCCUCGGGACAGGUGAUCCCCCGUGGUGGGGGGCAACCUUCAUCGGUGACCGAUGUGGACCUGGAGGCGGCAGGGAGCAGGAGGCCUGGGUCCCGACGGGAGACCCAUGAGGGCUACGUGGAGCUGCAUGAGCUGGUCAUGGACACCACGAAGGAGCUGUGCUGGAUGGAGGCUGGCCACUGGCUCAAGCUGGAGGAGGACUUCAAGGAAGCAGGGCACUGGAGCCAGCCCCAUCUCUCCUUCCUGACCUACCGCAGCCUCCUGGAGAUCCAUCGGGCUUUGGCCAAAGGUGCUGUGCUCCUCGACGUGGCAGCCACCUCGUUGGCAGCCAUCGCCCAUGUCCUCAUUGACCAGAUGAUCUACGAGGGGCAGAUCAAGCCCGAGGACCGGGACGACAUCCUGAGGACGCUGCUGCUGCAGCACAAACACCCCAAUGAGACUGAAUCAGUGAAGACCCUGCCACCAGCACAGCUGCAGCGCUCCGGUACCGGCCGGGGAGAGACCGAGCAGCCGCUGCUGCGGGAGCAGCAGCCCCUGGAGAUGCGCAGGCUGGCGGGGACCGAGCAGGGGAGCAGCAAGCCCCAGCUGCCUGAGAAGGUCCCUGAGGAUGCCGAGGCCACGCUGGUCCUCGUGGGCUGUGCAGCCUUCCUGGAGCAGCCAACGUUGGCCUUUGUGCGCCUGAAGGAGGCUGUGACCCUGGAUGGGGUCCUGGACGUGCCCCUGCCUGUUCGCUUCCUCUUCGUGGUCCUGGGCCCUGACAGUCCCCACAUCAGCUACCACGAGAUCGGCCGCGCUGUGGCCACCAUGAUGUCUGAGAGGGUCUUUCGCCGGGAUGCCUACCUGGCCGAUGGCCGCCAGGACCUGCUGCGGGGGGUUGAGGACUUCCUGGAGGCCAGCAUCGUCCUGCCACCCACGGAGACCCCAAAUGAGCAGCUCCUCCGCAGCCUGGUGCCGCUGCAGCAUGAGCUCCUCCGCCGCCGCUACCAGCCCCAGGAGAAGGCAGCUGGAGAAGCCUUCAUAAAAGACCUGGGGCUAGAGGAGGCGGCGCCGGAGGACGACGAUCCCCUGCGCAGGACGGGGAGGCCUUUUGGGGGGCUGGUGCGGGACAUCUGCCGCCGGUACCCCAAAUACCCCAGCGACAUCAAGGACGCCCUCAGCCCCCAGUGUCUGGCCGCUGUCAUCUUCAUCUACUUCGCGGCACUGUCACCUGCUGUCACCUUUGGAGGCUUGCUGGGUGAGAAGACCAAGGGCAUGAUGGGGGUGUCAGAGCUGCUCAUCUCCACCUGCGUGCAGUGCGUCCUCUUCAGCCUCUUCAGUGCCCAGCCCCUGCUGGUCGUUGGCUUCUCAGGGCCCCUCCUUGUCUUCGAGGAAGCCUUCUACUCGUUCUGCAGUGCCAAUGACAUGGAGUACAUCGUGGGCAGGGUCUGGAUUGGCUUCUGGUUGAUCCUGCUGGUGCUGGUGGUGGUGGCCUGUGAGGGCAGCUUCCUGGUGCGCUACCUGUCCCGCUACACCCAGGAGAUCUUCUCCUUCCUCAUCUCCCUCAUCUUCAUCUAUGAGACCUUCUCCAAGCUCAUCACGAUCUUCAAGGACCACCCACUGCAGCGAGUGUAUGAUGUGAAGGCCACGUAUGAGCCCAAGGUGCCAGAGCCCAACACAGCUCUGCUGUCCCUCGUGCUUAUGGCUGGCACCUUCUUCCUGGCCUUCUUCCUCCGCAAGUUCAAGAACAGUGCCUUCCUGCCUGGCAAGGCCCGGCGGCUGAUUGGGGACUUCGGGGUGCCCAUCUCCAUCCUCAUCAUGGCACUGGUGGACUUCUUCAUCCAGGACACCUACACGCAGAAACUGAGUGUCCCCAAGGGGCUGCAGGUCACCAACUCCUCCGCCCGGGGCUGGUUUAUCAACCCCAUGGGGCUGGGCAAGGUCUUCCCCAUCUGGAUGAUGUUUGCCUCCGUGGUGCCUGCCCUGCUGGUCUUCAUCCUCAUCUUCCUCGAGACGCAGAUCACCACCCUCAUUGUCAGCAAGCCAGAGAGGAAGCUGGUGAAGGGCACCGGCUUCCACCUGGACCUGCUGCUGAUCGUGGCCAUGGGGGGGCUGGCCGCUCUCUUUGGCAUGCCCUGGCUCAGUGCCACCACCGUCCGCACCAUCACCCACGCCAACGCCCUCACUGUCAUGAGCAAGACCUCUGCCCCUGGCGAGAAGUCCCAGAUCUUGGAGGUGAAGGAGCAGCGCAUCAGCGGCCUGCUGGUGGCAGUGCUCAUCGGUGUCUCCAUCCUCAUGGAGCCCAUCCUGAAGUACAUCCCCCUGGCCGUGCUCUUUGGCAUCUUCCUCUACAUGGGGGUCACCUCCCUCUUUGGCAUCCAGCUCUUCGACCGCAUCCUGCUCUUGCUGAUGCCACCCAAGUACCACCCCCGUGAGCCCUACGUCACCCGGGUGAAGACCUGGCGGAUGCACCUCUUCACCUUGAUCCAGGUCCUGGUCCUUGUGCUGCUGUGGGUGGUGAAGUCCACCCCAGCCUCACUGGCACUGCCCUUCGUCCUCAUCCUCACUGUGCCCCUGCGGCGCUUCCUGCUGCCCAAGAUCUUCCGGGACAUCGAGCUCAGAUGUCUGGAUGCAGAUGACGCCGUGGUGACCUUUGAGGAGGCAGAGGGCACAGAUGUGUACAACGAGGUGCAGAUGCCCACCUAAGGGCUCACUGCCACCUGCCUGACCCCUGGAUGUGCCCACACCCCCUGCCCCCUCCACUUCUCCAUCAGAUUCUCACUCCACUGCUGCCACCCUGGGGCAGCUGGGUGACAGGGGACAACCUGGGGACAGCCCAGAGCCCCCCACACCCCACGAGUGGAGCUUUUGGUUUGGUUUUGUUUUUUCCCCUUUUCCAUCCCUUUUUUGUUAACUCUUUUGGGUGCUGUGAGCUCAGCUGCACUUUGCUACCCGCUGGAGCUGCCUGGCCUGGGGGGGCCUCUGCCCUGUGUCACCAUCCUGUCCCCAAGGCCACCCCAGGGCUGUGACCCAGCACUGAGCAGGAGGAAGACUCCCAAAGCCUGGAGAGAGGAGGAAGGCAGAGGAAGGGUGACAUGGAGAGGACAAAGAUGCAGCAGGAGGGGUCCCUGAGUUCUCCCUGGCCCUGCUGCCUCCCACAGGGAGCCCCCCCCUUGCCCAGCCACUCUUCCUCAGACCAAACAAUAAGCACCAGGACAAAUCCUUCUCCCCACGGAGCCUUUUCCCUUCCUUUUCCCACCAUUUUCUCCAGCACCUCCCGAGGUCAGGGUGCAAAUAGUCCAAGGGGGGGGGGGAUGUUAUAGUUUUGCUAUGGACAUGUGCUAAAAACACCCCCCCAGAACUUAUGUUGAUACUUCUGCAGGUAGGAUUUGCUCAGUACCAAAACCAAAUCCCCCCCCCAAAGGCUGUGAAAGUGUCUUGGAGAAGAAGAAAAAAAAUGGAAGGGGGAGGAAAAAAAUUAGGAUAAAUAAAACAGAUAGAGGGGAAAAAUGAGGAAAAAUAGAAAAGAUGAAGGGAACAAAAGGGGGAAAUGAGAGGAAAUAGGAAAAAAGGGAAAAAUAAAUGAAUAAGAAAAGUAUUUUAAAAGAAAAAAUGGGAAAAAAUUAAAAUGAGGAAAAAAGGAGGAAAAAAAUUAGGAAAGUUGAGAUUAAAAAGAAAAAAUAGAAGGAAAAAAAAAGAAGAAAUAAGGAAAACAUUUUUUAAAAAGGGAAACAAUAGACCAAAUGAGCUGGAAAAGGACCAAAAUGAGGGGGAAAAGACUCAAAGAAGGGGGAGAAGUCCACAACGAGGGUGAAAACCAAGGCGCGGGCGAGCAGGGCGGCGUGAGCCGCGGAAGGGAAGCCCCGGCGGCCGCUGGGGCUCCACCGGCAGCUGGAGCUGACCGCCCAGGCUGGCCGUGCCCGCCGCGGGGCCGUGCCUGUGUGCACGGGAGAGAGAAAUUGUCCUUUUUAAACCCAGGAACAAACCGAGCCUUUUUAAGCUGAUUUGGAAGGGUCCUGCGCAGGGCCCGGGCUCCGUGCGCCAGCCUGGCAGCGUCACUGCUCUGCUGAAUUAGCUGUAGCCUCUUUCGUGUUUCUUUCUUUCAUUAUUACUGUUUGUUUGUUUGUUUUUUUGGUAGCUUUUCAGUCCAAUCCUUGUAGCUCAGCCUUGGCUCUCCCUUUGCUUUGCUGCCCCCCUCCUGCCCCGUUCCCACUGGGUUUGUUCCCGAGCCGGAGGAGCCUUCCCCCUGCUCCUUGCCCCAGGGCUGAACCUACCCUGCUCAGACCCCAAUCAAGUUGCCAAUUAACUCCUUUGUUGUUGCUGUUGGGAUUGGAGUGGGUGGGAGGGACACCCCAAAAUGAAAAUGAGCGGGGUGGGGGGGAGUUAGUUUAGUUUAAUUUAGUUUAGUUUAAUUAAUUAUGAGUCCACGAGAAACAAUGCUGUGAGCUUUGGGGGGUCUUACUCCCUUCCCCUGCCACCUCUGUCUCAGGCUUUAAUACAGAAACCAAUAAAAUCAGAAGGAAGCUG